GAACACCCCGCCCCACCGUUGAGUAGAAGACAUUUUUGCUUUCGUUUUUCGCUCGCGAAGCAGUGUAAUUUGGAUAAAUAUACAAUUACUUUAGAGUACAGAAACUAACUGAAGGUAAAAUCAAGAAGAUGUUUUCCUUCGCAGUUGUCGUCGGUCUGCUCUGCGUCCUCCCUUCAGAAGCCAAAGAGUCUGCACCCAAUGUACAGGUGUACAGCCGAGAACCAGGAACAAUCGGGAAAGCCAACACCCUCAUCUGCCAUGUGAGCAACUUCUAUCCACCAGAAAUCAACAUUGAACUGCUCAAGGAUGGAAAAGUGAUGUCCUCAGCUAAUCAGACUGAACUGAUCUUCGGUGAGAAGUGGGACUACUACCUAACAAAACAUGUGCCCUUCACCCCAUUGGCAAACGAGAAGUUCAUCUGCAAGGUGGUUCACUUGGGAAAAUCCAAUGACUACUUCUGGGAAUCAGAUAUGUAAGCUCCAGGUAUCACGGAGAUGAAGAAGAUGGGGCUGAUGUGUCUAUAAUCUUAGGUUUCAUUGCGGAAAGUUGAGCUUCAUCAAAGAGGGAUAAUAUUGCCCUUAAAAUCAGUUGUGUGCUUUUGCAUCAGAAAUACCAAAUGGCAAUAAAGCUGUGAAUCUUAGUGUGCAGCCAGCCAGGGAUGGAUCAUAUCAAUAAAUAAGGUAUAGGAGAAGUGAUCACAAAGUUAAAUACAAAAUGACAUGAAUGCCUGCUCUAUUAAAUCUUUUAAAAUAAUGUGCAUAAACAGAAUAUAAAAUCAGUUUUUAGUAACCUUGAAUUAUGGGUUUUGGUUUCGGCUUUUGCUGUCAGACAGUUUGUUCCAUAUGAAAAAUGUUGCUUCAUGAAGCUUUUAUAAAUGAAACCAUCACCAACACUGAUUAUUGGAGAUGUUUGCCUUCCUGUGUUUUGUUGAUUGAUCUGUAAAAGUUUUAUAUAUUUCAUCUUAACUCAUUAAUUAGCUUGUGCACAUUUUUAUCUUGUGAAUCUUUAAGAGAGGAUUAAGCCUAUUAGUUUCCAUCUUAUUAAGCAUAAUUACUCCAAAACCUGAGCACUUUUCUUGUUUUUUUAUGAACUAUAUACAGUACUACUCUGUUUGACAUAUUAGGCUCAGAUUGACUCUGUAAAUGUAUUUCAAACAUGGUCAGAUAAUAAAAAUGUUCAUGAAACUUCA